AUGGCACCCGCGACCGUCGUCAGGCGGUCGAGCCGCGCGGGCGCGGGCGCGCGCGCGCGAUCGCCGUCGCCGUCGCCGACGCCGACGCCGACGCGCCGCCGCGGAGGGAACCCCCCGCCGCCUCCUCCUCCUCCUCCCGCGCGUCGACCAAAGUCGAAGCGCGCGUCGUCGUCGUCGUCGUCGUCGUCGUCGUCCGCCUCCUCGCGGACGUUCUUCCUCCGCGUCUUCGCGGUCCUCGCGCUCGCGCGCGUCGCGAGCGCGCUCUUCAACCUCGUGCACGACUGCGACGAGACGUUCAACUUUUGGGAGCCGCUGCACUACCUCCUCUACGGCGCCGGGCUGCAGACGUGGGAGCACUCGCCGCGAUACGCGCUGCGAUCGGCCCUCUACCUGGGCGCGCAUCGCGUCGUCGCGACGCCGUUCGCCGCCAUUCUCGGGGAUGUCGAUCACCGCCGCGUCUUCGUCUUCUACGCCACGCGCGUCGUCCUCGGCCUCGCGUCCGCGCUCGUCGACGCGCACCUGUGCGCGGCGACGCGUCGCGCCGCGGUCGCGGGAGGCGAAACGGACGCGCGGAUCGCGCGCGUUCUCGCCGCGCUCCUCGCCUUCUCCGCCGGGCCGUUCGUCGCGUCGACCGCGUUUCUGCCGUCGUCGUUCGCGGGCGCGUGCGUCGCGUUCGCGGCCGCGUCCGCGCUCGACGGCGCGCACGGACGCGCGUGCGUCGCGUGCUCGCUCGCGGUGACGCUCGGCUGGCCGUUCGCGGGCGUCGCGGCGCUGUCGUUCGGCCUCGUCGCGUGGCGCGAGAUUGGAUUCGCCAAGACGUUCGUCGCCGCCGUCGCGCCGGCGGCGAUGGUCGCGACGGCGUCUCGCGCGGCGGACUCCACCUUUUACGGCAAACCGACGUGGAGCGUCAUGAACAUCGUGCGGUACAACGUCUUCACCGGCGGCGGUAACGGCGCGGAGCUGUACGGCACGGAGCCGUGGUGGUACUACGCGCGAACGCUCGUCAACGCGUUCUCUGUUGCGGCGCCGCUGUCGCUCGUCACGCCCGCGUGCGCGCUCGCCGCGGCGAUCGUCGGAGGACGCGGCGCGUCGGCGACGGCGACGGCGACGACGCGAGCGAGGGUCAAGAUCUUGACGAGGGCGUACGCGCCGUUCCCCAUCGCGCUCGCGUUCUUCUCCGCGCUGCCGCACAAGGAGGAGCGGUUCAUGUACGUGGCGCACGCGCCGCUGCUGGUCGGCGCGGCGACGGCGGCGUGCUGCGUCGGGGACGUCGCCGGAUACGCCGCGAGGCGAGCGUUCGCGUUCGCGUUCGCGUUGGCGCGCGGCGGGCGCGGGCGCGGGCGCGGGCGCGGGCUUUUGCGAUUCGAAGCGCUCGCGCGCGAUGGCGCGACGCUCGCGAUCGUGAUUUUCGUCGCCGCGGCGGGGGUCGCGCGGGUCGUCGCGCUGAGGGUCGCGUACGGCGCGCCGAUGCGCGCCUACGCGGAGCUUCCGCGAGUCGCGACGAACGGAACGUCGCGCGCCGCGGGAGAAAAAGUCGGCGUCUGCGUCGCAGGCGAGUGGCAUCGGUUCCCGUCGUCGUUCCACCUCCCGUCGCGCGCGCACGAGCUCAGGUUCCUCCCGAGCGGGUUCGACGGCGCGCUCCCGGUGCCGUUCGCGCGAGCGCACGGCGGCCCCGCGCACGAGCCGCCGGGGCUCAACGACAGGAACGAGUACGACGCGGCGUCGAGAGUCCAAGGCGGGGUUAACGGCGGCGCGUGCGACUUUCUCGUGGACGUCUCCACGGACCCGAUCGCGCGACGACGCGAGCGCGAGGAGGGUGCCGAGGAGGGUGCCGAGGAGGGCGCCGAGGAUCCGUGGGAGCUGUGGAGGGAAUACGCGUUCCUGGACGCCGCGAAGUCGCCGGCGGCGACGCGCGCGUUUUACGUCCCUUACUUUUCCGCGCGCUACAACGUCUUCGGGACCUAUCGCGUGUGGCGCCGCAGGUAG